UCAAAUCUGGCCGAUAGUUUGAUAUAAAACGCAGUAUCUGCAUCGAAUCCUAUCGAAAUCAUUUUCUAGCGUUGAUUCAUUCACUUUCGCUGAUCAAGGAUACUAACAUUGUUAAGGUUGUAUCACGUUUCGUCAUUUUAACCAUUGCCGCUUUGCUCCGAUUGUAAAUACUCGACUGUUCACAUCAACUGCAAGAAUACCUAUAGUUCAAUUGAGCUAACUAUUAGCUCGACUGUCAGAUUUCAGGAAUGCCUAUAAUUCAGUUUGUCUGAGCUUGGCCACACGUCAAGUGAUUAAGCACUUUCACGCUGGCAGCUUGAUCAAACUAUUUUGUGUCCUGCUUUCAAUAAGAGCUGUCGAAUUUUUCUGAAUUCCUACGGGAAGCGAUAACUGCAACAAAUAUGUCAGAUUACGGAGAGUGCACAUUCGAGCCAGGCUAUGAUAAUUCUGAGUCACAGCAGCUGCACGACCCAACUCAGGCUCAGCAGCCAGCAGAAGAUGCCAUCUGGGAGGAGAACGAUCCGAAUACGUUCGAGCAAGCAGCCACCAAUGAGUGGCCCGAAAUCAAGAUAUUUGGUCGCUGGAGCUGCGAUGAAAUUACCAUCAGUGACAUUUCACUGCAGGACUAUAUCGCUGUCAAGGAGAAGUUCGCUCGCUACUUGCCGCACUCGGCCGGACGCUAUGCAGCCAAACGUUUCCGCAAGGCCCAAUGCCCCAUUGUGGAACGUCUGACUUGCGGCUUAAUGAUGAAGGGACGCAGCAAUGGCAAAAAGCUGCUCGCCUGUCGCAUCGUCAAGCAUGCAUUCGAGAUUAUUUAUUUGCUGACCUCGGAGAAUCCUUUGCAGGUCACAGUAAAUGCCAUUGUCAACGCUGGGCCACGCGAGGACUCCACACGCAUCGGACGCGCAGGAACUGUGCGUCGACAGGCUGUAGACGUGUCGCCGUUGCGUCGCGUUAAUCAGGCCAUUUGGUUGAUCUGCACAGGAGCACGUGAGGCUGCUUUUCGCAAC